AUGGCAGACGAUUUAACCAGGAUGUGGGAAAAUUUUUCGCUUUCGAAGGAGGAAGAAAUUGAAGUGGAUAUUCCGAGUCAAAACAUUGAAGGGCUUGUUACACGAGGUCAAUCUUGCUUGGUGGGCAAAUUGAUAGUUGACAGGAUUAUUAGUAAGGAAAUAAUAAAGAGUAGACUGGUGCGUGGAUGGAAACCGAUGGGAGCUAUCUCUUUCAAAAUUCUGGGAGAUAAUUUUUUUCUGGUGAAGUUUGAGAAUCGUGGUGAUAAACUGAAGGUUUUAGAGGGGAGGCCUUGGGUUUUUGAGGGAAACUUAUUUUCUGUAGAGGAGUUUGAUGGUCUCACUUCCCCAACCUCAAUAGCAUUUGAUCAUGAAACCUUUUGGGUUCGAAUGUUCCAUUUGCCCUUAGCAUAUAUGGGACAAGAGGUCGGAUUCCAAAUUGGAUCUACAAUGGGUACGGUUGAAGAGGUGGAUACAGAUGAAGAAGGUGUAGGGUGGGGUGUGUUCUUACGUGUCCGUAUAAAGAUUGAUCUUUCGAAGCCACUUUCUCGCGGACGAAAGUUGAGAAUUCAAGGGAAACUAGAGUGGAUUUCAUUUCAAUAUGAACGGCUGCCGCGAUUCUGCUAUCACUGCGGUAUUAUUCGUCAUGGGAGUGUUGGUUGUUUGGGUAGACGAUGGAGGCGCGCGGGUGAAACGUCUACAGAAUUUGGCCCCUGGAUGCGUGUGGGUUCAUCGGGAGCUCGAGCAGACAAUAGAGGGGGAAGGUUUGAAACAAGCAACACUGGAUGGCCUCCAGAAUUUUCUCAUUCUGGGGCUAUUUCUGUCAAUUCAAAGCAGGUGAUAGGGCCUGGUGGUGGGCAAAAUUCCGAUAACAAAAUAGGUGAGUCAGCGGCGGAUAUGGUUUCCUCUCCUGGAGGGGCAAAUCAGGAAAACAAUGUAAUUUUACCAUGCGGUAAUGCCGGUGCAGUUAAUGGCCAAGAAAUUAGGAGUGUGGGGCUAAUGGAAGGUAGCCAAAACCUCGGUGCAACUGGAGGCAAGGAGGGUCAGCAGUUUCAUGCGGUUGGUGGCCAUUUGGAAUUUCCUUUGGAGGUAAGGGCUGUUUCUAAUGUGCACAAAAGUGGAGGUGGGUCCAGUGUGGUUGGUAUGGGUGUUGAUGGAUCCUUGAAUGUAUUAAAUAUGGGGACUCACAUGUCUAGCCACGUGGAGAAUUUUUUAAAAGAUAAGUUAAGGGUGUCUGACGUGGGGGCUUCCUUGUCUAGCCAAGUGGAGGUAGCAUUUAGUGAGAGGAUAAAGUUGAAUGAGGAUUCCCAGAAGGAGUCGUUCUCUAACAUCAGGUCAGUGGUACCUUCUGAGGGUACAAGCAGGGGGGUUGGCCCUAUUAUCUUUGCGUAG